AUGUUCUCAGAUUUUUUAGCAAAAGCAGAAAUAAUCGAUGUUCGCAAGUUUGCAUUUGACUUAUGUGAUGCAAAUCUUUUUGAAUAUGCAAGAAAUUGUUUAAUGAGACUUUGCGAAAAUGAUAAUGAGCUUACUAUCGAAGAUGUUAACGCAAUCAGUAGAAUUUGCAAAGGAAAAAUGGACGAAUACAGAAAAGCAUGGAAGAGUAUCUACUUAACAGAGCAAAAAGAGCGUGGUAAAGGUCGUGAUGAUCGUUCAACCCCACUUCUAGAUUACAGAAAAUCAAUUGAAAGCAAUAUUUCUAACUUCUCAAAGGAGAUUAUUGAUAUGAUACAAAAAUCGCUUAUUAAUCGAACAACAGAUACUUCAAUCCGCGGAUUAUUGUACAGAAUGAUUGGCGAUUACUGGAGAUACUUAGCAGAAAUCCAAAGAGGAUACGAGCGUAGAGAAUCCACCAGCAAAGCCAAUGCCGCUUAUCAAGAAGCAGAAGAUUUGAUUGUUGCCUGCUGCGGACCAGCUGCUGCUAUCAGGCUUUCUCUCAUGUUGAACAUGGCUAUAUUUAGAUUUGAAAUAUAUUCAGAACCUGAUGAGGCACUUAAAAUUGCACAGAAAGCUUACAACGAAGGUAUUGCUUCUGUUGACUCCUUGCAUGACGAACAAUAUAUGGAUUCAAUUCUUUUAUUGCAGAUGCUUCAUAGAACUAUUGUCUCAUGGCAACAGAAUAAGUAA